AUCUUUAUGUCUUUGUACUUGUUAUUUUGUCAACAUGAUGGUGCAGUGCAACGGCUUGCACGGCUCUUACAUAAAAUGAGGCGGAGGGCAGUUUGGGAACAUGACACGACGUGGUACUGAUAUUUGCAUGAUUUUGCCUGUGUUCGUUUGUUUGUUUGUUUGUUUGGACUUUUUUUUUCUUACUGUAUGCGGCAGCGUGCUGCUGUGUCAGGGAGAUCAAGAAAUGGCGAGGUAGAGAUGGAAAGAUGGGCAGAGCAAAGGGAAUCAGUUUGUUUCUUCGGGAGUAUGAAUACACAUGGGUUAGCGUGAGCACCGUGUUGUGUGUCUGUUUGAUUUAAAGACAGACACGUAAAGCUGCACAGGAAAGUUGUGCUGAUGGAGAGGUGAAGGCUGAAAGGAAAAUUACGCAAACCUAUCUACCAGCAGCCUACUAAUGUUUUCAUGUAAAAAAAUAAAUAAAAAAUGUUAACAGAAGACGUGAAAAUAUAAUGAGGUAAUUAUGUGUUAUUGGAAGACAAUGUUGACAAUACUAGAUACUACUAGAGUAUCUAGCAGUUCAAUACUAGAGUCUUAAAAAGGCAAACACAAUAAAUGUACUGAGCUCAAUAAAUGUAAUUUAUGUUGCACUUCAGUUAAAUCCUAAUUAAGUAAUCAACCAGUGGAUCUGAAUAAAGCUAUGUAAUGCUGGUCACAUUUGAAACAAAGAAAUUCUACCUAUAAUGAACAAUGAAAAAUAAGCAUAUUUUUAUUGCUAACUAAAUAUUGUAGGUUACCCAAUUUAGGUUUUUAUAGCAUUAAGUUUUUGUGUGUUUUCUAAAUUCUUCUUUUUUGUUUAAAGGUCCUACCUUUCUGUUUUGAGGUGCCUUUGCAGAACAGGUUUGCCUGUCCCAAAACUGUCCGAGGGAAACCCUGAAUAUGGCGGCUACACAUAAAGAAGUGAUAGACGUUGCAGCUUUUAUUCACCAAUGUGCUUGGGACUCCCACAUCCUAGAGCGUUUUCCUGAAAAUGGGAUCAUAAUAAACCUCUCGAGGAUUGAGAACAACUGCUAGCAUGUUGCAAUCUUCCUCCAGAGCAGGUGAAACUGUACCCCUCUGUAAGUUUCAGAAUAAGUUGCAGAGAUGGGGCCUGGUUCUCACCCUCUGCGCCGCCGUCCUCUGGCUUCCUGAGGCAGCGGGGUCGUCACUGAACUGCCACACGACGUGCAUCUGCGCCUCGAACAUCGUCAGCUGCUCCAAGAUGGACCUGAGUGCCGUUCCCACUGGUCUGCCACUCUACACCACUGUGCUGGAUCUCAGCUACAACGCCAUAACUCGGCUCAGAUCUGAAUGGACUACUGUCAAGCUUCCGAAUCUCCAUAACCUCUUGCUCAGCCACAACGAUCUCCAUUUCCUUUCCUCUGAAGCUUUUAUAAAUGUGAAGCAACUGCGCUACUUGGACCUGUCCUCCAACAAACUGCAGCUGCUGGAUGAGUUUGUUUUUGAGCCUUUGGUCCACUUGGAGGUCCUCUUGCUCUACAAUAACCAAAUUUCACAGAUUGACAGGACAGCCUUUGCCACCAUGGUCAACCUUCAGAAGCUGUAUCUCAGCCAGAACCAAAUCUCCCGCUUCCCAGAGGAGCUGAUCAAAGACAGGUAUCGCCUGGAAAAGCUGAUCCUCCUGGACGUUUCAUCCAACAGGAUCAAAAAGGUUCCCAUGGAUGACCUGAAUAUGCUGCCUGCCUGGAUUAAAAAUGGCCUCUACUUCCACAACAACCCUCUGCAGUGUACCUGUAAUCUCUACACACUCCUGGCCCACUGGUACAUUCGUAAGCUGAACUCUGUUGUGGACUUCAGUGACGAGUUCACGUGCGUCCUGCCUAAUUCGCAGAAAACCCAGGUUUUCAAUCUUAGUGGCGAAAGCAUGAACUGCAGCACGUUCAAGGAGGCAGACGAAGAGGCUUUCCUGGAGCAAACGUUGAUCCUCAGAUGUGACACCAAACACCGUGACAUGAUGAAGACUUGGGCGUUGCCCGGCAACGUCUUGGUGACGUCAGGAGACAACCAGACUGCAAAGGUCCUGCGAAACGGGAAUCUGCAGAUAAGUCCGGUGAGGUACGAUGACUCCGGGACCUACACCUGCUUCGCUGUGAGCGAAAGUUUUAAUGAGACCAUCUACAUUGUGCUGAAGGUUCACAACUUCACCAUGCAUGAGGCUGGGGAGACUUUGAACACAGCUUACACUACCUUGGUGGGCUGCCUGGCCAGUGUGGUGCUGGUGCUCAUGUACCUCUACUUGACACCGUGCCGCUGUUUCUGCUGUCCCAGCAAGGGGAAGACCCGGGGCGAGGACAGCAUCCACUCCUCGAUGCUCAGUGUCACUCCCACCCACGAGGACCCGGCGAUGAAGGCCGAGCUGAACAGGCACGUUGCGUUCAUCGACUCCAAAGACUUGCGGGGCCAGAACGGCAAGGUGAAUCCCAACGGGGACGAGGACAAUGACGACCUGGAUGGAGAGGCUGGCUCUCUCAUGAAGGGGAAGAGGAAGAAAUCGGUAGCAGAGUCCAUUAGCUCCGUCUUCUCAGACACUCCCAUGGUGGUUUGAGUCGACAGUGACGCUAAUGGGCACAUUAAGAGCCAUGAUUUAUUGAAUUUAAACUCCUACUGUGAUCUUGUCCGGGAAAAGGCUAGAGGGAUGGAUAGCAAACUUAUUAUUGCAUCUGAAAGGGAGCUCAAAGCGAAUUGUCUUGUUGUCAAAGAGGACAAUAAGCCAGACUUUUCCAGCGUUUCAACCUGUAGCAAUUACUAUUCAUACUGUGAAAGAAAAGGAUGCAUAUAAGCGGACCGUGGAACCUAUUAGAGAAGAAAUGUGGUUGUUAGCAGCACUCAGGAAGCGAUGCACUGCAACUGAUUGAGAAUUGUAAAAAAUUGCAGAUUUCAAAAACAACAUUUUACAUUUUGGUAUAAAUCAAAACUGUGGUUUCCUCAUAAUUAUAUUUUUAAUGAAGAAUUUGGAUAGGCUGCAUCAUAACAAACAAAGACAGAAACUGGCUUGACCAGGCUCUGAGUAGAAGUGACAUUCAC